AUGCAACACCAGCUUGCUCUUCAUAGCAUUUUCAACUAUGUAAGUCAUCAAGAACUAUUCACUUGUGCACUUGUGAGUGUAGAAUGGAACCAGUAUGCUACUUUAAAAUUGUGGAGAACUCCAAAGUUUGGUAAUGAUAGUAAAACAGCUCUUAAGUCCUUUCAAAGCUUUCUCGAAAUAUUAUUAAAUACAGCGAGAGAGCAGGCACGACUGUGUGUCUUUACAAUCGAUGUUAAUGAGAUACAAGAGUCUUUAUACGAGACGGUCAAUGAAAAUUGGCUGGGAAUUGUAGUUUUGCGUUGUCCAAACUUGAGAGAAUUAAUAAUUCGCGACGUUUCAUUUCUUUCAACAAUACAAAUCCGCUAUCUAUGUAAUAUGAAGGUUCCUAAUUUUGUUGAAACGUUAGAUUUGACUGGAGCAAAGGAUGUCACAGAAUCAACCAUGAAAGCUUUAGUUCAAAAUUUUACAGAGUUGAAACGUAUAACACUUGAUAAUUGUUCGGGAGUUACGGAUGGAUCAAUAUCUCAGAUUGCAUAUUAUUGUCAUAAUCUUGAAUAUGUAAACGUUGCGAACUCUCGUUCUAGUUUUACAGAUGUUGGAAUAUAUGCUCUUGCGAAAUUUGGAAAACAAAAGUUGAAAGGCAUAGAACUAACAGCAUCAAUGAAGGUCACAAGUGAUGCAAUUAUCGCAAUGUCAAGUCAUUGCACAAAAUUAGAAUCCAUAAAUUUCAGUAAAUGUGCUCUAAUCACAAUCCAAGGACUAGAAAAGAUAGUAACAUCUAAUAAAAACACACUUAAGCAACUAAUAAUUCAUCACAUGAGAUCAAUUCCCUCUUUAACGUAUUCUUUUUUGGAUUUACUCGCUAAUCAUUGUUCUCAAUUGAUGACACUGUCAUUCUCAUUUACUUCAAUUACAGAUAUUAAAAUCGAAUUAUUAAAUGAUAUAUUUGAUAAAUUUAAAACACUGAGAGAUUUAAUUAUUUAUGAUUAUCCUGAGCAUGUUUUCGAAAAUACUACAAAUUUUUCUCUAUGGAGAUUGAUUGAGAAAUGUAAACCGCUUAAAAAAGUUACGAUAUAUAGAACUAGCUAUGAAAGUGAUUUCAUUUUAGGUGGAUAUGCUAGAGCCUUAGGAAGCAUUAAUCAACAAGCUGUAGAUGAAUUUAACGUCUUUCAUCCUGGCAUAAAAGUCAAUUUACUCUUAUUAGAAGAAUAA